AUGGAUGAUAUUGCGAAUGUGCCAGAAGAUGUUCAAAUAACCAGUGAAAAUAUUGAUGAGGUAGCAGAAAGUUUUUACGAAUACAUAUUUGAAGCGAUGCUUCUUUAUCCUGUAUUUAAAAUUCAUCGAGUGGCUAAACUGACAAAAAGCGCUGCUGUGCUUCGUCCUAUAGAAGAAUCAUCGAGUGUGAAUAGUGAUGUAGAUAUUUUUGGGACUCCACGUAAUUUUUUAAAACAGCCAAAGAAUAUGGAAGUUUAUUGUGAUGAGUGCAACCGCAGCAUAGCUGCUAGUCGAUUUGCUCCUCAUCUGGAAAAAUGUAUGGGCAUGGGUCGCAAUAGUUCAAGGAUUGCUCGUAGAAGACUUGCUAAUUAUGUGUCUUUGAAAGGUUCAAGCUCUACUGGCCGGUUGCGUGAAUCUGAGGGAAGAGAUAGUGAUUUGGAUCAUUCUGACGAAGAUUCCCGUCAUACCAUUGCUGAUGACGAUGACGACUGGGCUAGUAGUCGUAAGUCGAAAAGAGCACGAAAGUCAAGAAGUCGGGGAAAACCUCGGUCUCGUCAGCGUCAAAGUUUGGAGAAGGUAGAUCCAGAAGACCCUUCAGUAGCAUCUUUUACGUGA